CAACAUGUCUGCGCCCAUGCUGUCAGGUUUGUACAGCAGGCUCAAGGAUAGAAGUUUGUCAUGCACCGAUCGGUUAAAACUCGCAAGAUUUGGUUGGAAGACACCUGCUGUUUUCGUACCCAACAAAGAGCAGGUCAUUUUAGACUGGCUUACCGGUCUACUUGUCAAUAAGAAAAAGUUUGGCCUGAAUGAUUCUGAUGUUGAGCAGGUGUGGGCAACUCUGCACGACAUCCUGCAGACGAAAAAAUAUGCUAGAAAGACUAACAUCUCGAUCAAGAACUCGUUUACAUCGGUGCUUGCUGAGUACAUCACUCACUACGGCACGCGUGACGUGAGCGUGGGAAGCCUCGCCAGCGUGCUGAGAUGCUGCCACGUCAUCCUCACCUCGACCACCAUGUCCACACUGUUCACAACUAAGUUUGAUGCACUGGUGGCGCUAGUAGCCGCCCUACUGAAUACGGCUGCCCACCAGCUGAGAGUUGGCACGACGACAAGUGAACAACUGCGCAGCAUUCUCACAUUCGUUCUCCCAAAGUUUACGACGUUGGCGACAAAGCAAAUCAAUCAACGACAGGUGCUGACGUGGCUCACCGACAAGCUGCUGACGCCAUCUCUCUACGUCAUCCGUCGGAUGGGUCGUCAUGGCGACGGCGGUCGCGAGUCGUCUGCAGUCCGCACGCUGCUGCAGCAGCUCGUGGAUUCGCUGCUGCUUCACGACGACCACGCCCACAGCUACCUCGUCUUCCUGAGUGCGCGCUACGUUGCCGAGGCGACGAAGCUGCAGCCUCCGAAGCACGUCGACCACGCGAUGCAGUGUCUGGUGUCCGGCGUGCGAUGCGGCGCGGGCGACGAUCGCGACGCCAUCAUCGACUACCUCCCUCUCUUCCUCGAAGCAUUCAUGAAGAGCUACGGGGAUGCGGAAGCCAGCGCCGGCUUCAGGAUGCUGAGGUACCUGUGGGAGGCUGUGGAGCUCACGGGGGAUGCGGAGUGUCGGCUCGCGGCGUCGGCUGAGCUGCUCGGCGUCGCACACGCGUGCGCCGUGUUCGGACAGGCGAUCGAUGACGCUGGGCGGGAGGACGAGCGAUGCUGGAUGGAGGAGCGGGUCACCUCACUGCUCGCGUGCGACGGCGACGCCCACGGGAGCGCCGCGUGGGGGCGCUGCAUGCUGCAGCUGCUGCGCGUCGACCACACCGUCGUCGAGGCGCGCGUCGUCACGGUGAUGGACGCCUGUCUGACACCACACAGCGAGUGUGGCGACGCGGUCCUGACUGCACUGCUGGACACGUACGCUCGCAUGCGACGACUCGACAAGUUCACACUGAAGCUGCUGGCGGCCGUCCGCGGCAACGCCCGCCAGGGGGCGUGGCGCUUCCCGCGCACAUUCAUGGGAAGGCUCAGGUACGACGGCUACGACGACGACCGCUCGGCCGACUUCUGGUGCGACAUGACAACGUCGGAGGUACACCGCAUCGGCUGGUGCGGGCAGAACUGCAAGGUGCUGCAACCUCCUGACGCCAUACGCACCAAGUACAGCGACUGGAGCCAGUACCUCGUGCACAGCCUGUCCGGCGCCAGCACCGUACCCGCCUACCUACUCAACGGGAGCGGCGGCACGACUCCCAUCGAUCAGAUCAAGCAGGGCAUGCCGCUGGAGAUAAUGCACGCGCUGAACCCCAGCAAGGUGUGGCUGGCACGCGUCAUUGAACACAUAGGAGCAUGA